AUGCAAAAUUGCAACCCACACGCUCUAACACUUCAUUUGCACCCCCACAAUCCAAAAUUUGUCAUCCCCUACCAAAUCCCCUUCUCCCCUCCGCACCCCCUAUCGUCCUAUAACCUUCAAAUCCCGUGGAAAAACAACAUUCUCAUCCAUUGCAAUCGUCAUGGUCACACAUACAGUACGAGCUGGUCACUUUCUCACAUAGGCAUGUCAAGUCUCCCGCCACUCAUCAUCUGGUUGUCAAAAUGCGGCAUUCUCUCUGCCGUCGAUUCCUCUAGGGCACCCCGUUUUAUCCCGUCAAGCUUAGCGGCAACAGCCGGAAACACCUUGCGGCAGCUCUCCGUGAUCUCUAUGCGUUCAUUCGCUGAGGUGAACACCUCCACUUUCGAUUUUCCGAUCGAAGUCGCCGCACGGUUUGCAAACUGCUCCAGCUUUACAUGCACCGACUGCCGCAACUUGUUGUGUGCCGCCUCUGCCCAUUGCGGCGUGUCUUGGUUCACGCCUGCCGCCGCUACGCAGUAG